CGCCGGCCAAACUUCCACCUCAACUUCUUGUUUUCUUCCCUCUGCCUCUCACACCUCGCUCUCUCCUUUUCUGUUGCACCGAACAUAUCCUUUUCAUAUUUCUCAUCAUUCCUCAAACUUCGCUCGGAGGAGAGAAGCGAGAGCAUUGGCUUCCCCCGCUCUAUUUCUCCGUCUGCGGCUCACCCUGAAGCUCUCGCCAUUCCCCGCAGCCUUCUGCAUCUACUUCUCCAACUUCAACUACUUGCGGUGGAGGCGCGACACUGUCGUCGCUAGAUCAUUUCUGGCAUUAUGGCGAUGAGUAGGAUUCGGGGGGCCUUUGCGGUCCCCAGAAAAGGAGAGACCUUUGAAUUGCGAUCUGGUCUUGUAUCCCAGUAUGCAUAUGAACGCAAGGAGUCGAUCCAGAAGACUAUCAUGGCCAUGACCCUCGGCAAGGACGUCUCGUCUCUAUUCCCGGAUGUUCUCAAAAAUAUUGCGACUAGCGAUCUCGAGCAGAAGAAGCUGGUCUACCUUUAUCUCAUGAACUACGCCAAAUCUCACCCCGACCUCUGCAUUCUCGCCGUCAACACCUUUGUUCAAGACUCCGAAGACCCCAAUCCUUUGAUUAGAGCCCUUGCCAUCCGCACCAUGGGGUGCAUCCGGGUGGACAAGAUGGUCGAUUACAUGGAGGAGCCGCUGCGCAAGACUCUCCGGGAUGAGUCGCCGUAUGUCCGCAAGACUGCGGCCAUCUGCGUUGCGAAACUUUUCGAUCUGAACCCCGCUAUGUGUUUGGAGAAUGGAUUCCUGGAGAUGCUGCAGGAGAUGAUUGGGGAUCCCAAUCCCAUGGUCGUCGCCAACUCGGUGACGGCGCUUUCGGAAAUCUACCACGCCGCCCCUGAAACACAAGCCUUGAAGGUCACCACCAACACAUUGCGCAAGCUUCUCAUGGCAUUGAAUGAGUGUACAGAGUGGGGCCGGGUCACAAUCUUGACGACACUCGCCGAGUACAAGACGACUGAAGUAACUGAAUCGGAGCACAUAUGUGAGCGCGUUGCCCCUCAAUUCCAGCAUGCCAAUCCGAGUGUUGUAUUGGCCGCCGUCAAAGUUGUUUUCCUUCACAUGCGGAAUGUCAAGCCAGAGUUGGCUAGUAACUACCUGAAGAAAAUGGCUCCCCCUCUAGUGACUCUUGUAUCAUCUGCCCCCGAGGUGCAGUAUGUGGCUUUAAGAAACAUUGAUCUUCUGUUGCAGAAGCAGCCAGAUAUCUUGAACAAAGAGCUCCGCGUUUUCUUCUGCAAGUACAACGAUCCACCUUACGUCAAGUUUCAAAAACUUGAGAUCAUGGUACGGAUAGCCAACGACCGGAACGUUGAUCAGCUUUUGGCUGAGCUGAAGGAGUACGCACUGGAGGUCGACAUGGAUUUUGUGCGUCGUGCCGUCCGGGCGAUUGGGCAAGUCGCGAUCAAAAUCGAAAGCGCCAGUGAGAAGUGUGUCAACACUUUGUUGGAUCUCAUCAAUACCAAGGUCAACUAUGUCGUACAAGAAGCUAUUGUGGUGAUCAAGGAUAUUUUCCGGAAGUACCCUGGCUAUGAGGGUAUUAUCCCUACAUUAUGCAAGUGCAUUGAUGAGCUGGAUGAGCCAAACGCUCGUGCCGCACUCAUCUGGAUUGUGGGUCAGUAUGCGGAAAAGAUUAGCAAUGCGGGUGACAUUCUGGCUGGGUUUGUGGACGGAUUUAACGAAGAAUUCUCCCAGACCCAGCUGCAAAUCUUGACGGCUGUUGUCAAGCUUUUCUUGAAACGGCCUGAAAAGGCCCAAGGGCUUGUCCAGAAAGUGCUGCAGGCAGCCACUGCUGAGAAUGACAAUCCCGACGUGCGCGACCGAGCCUAUGUCUACUGGCGCUUGCUAUCCAAUACCAGUAAUCCCGGUGCUACCAAGGACAUUGUCCUGUCUGAGAAGCCGCCGAUUGUGACUACUAUUCAUUCCCUACCGCCUGCCCUCCUCGAGCAACUACUCACUGAGCUGUCGACUCUUGCCUCGGUCUACCACAAGCCCCCAGAGCAGUUUGUUGGUCAAGGAAGGUUUGGCGCUGACGCUGUUCAGCGAGCCGCUAUUGAGGAACAAAUCCAAAAUGCACGCGAGAAUCCAUUGGCCGCCGCUGCCGCUGCCGCUGCAGUCACUGGCAGCGCGCCUCCGGCCCAGAGCCAAAAUAACGUCGAAAAUCUGCUGGAUAUCGAUUUCGAUGGGACCGCACCGGCUUCAGCCCAGAAAGAGCCCAGUGGUGGAAUGUCUGGUCUUGAAGGCCUUGCGGGCACGCCCGUGCGAGUUGAAUCACCUGCGGCAGGUGCACCCGCUGGAAGCAACAAUCUGGACGACCUCUUGGGGGUCUUUGGUGAUGGUGGUGCAGCGGCCCCGGCCAGCAGCAGCGGAGGCGCAGACCUUAUGAACGGGUUCGCUGGCUUGGAUUUGUCGGGUAAUGGCACGACAUCGCCUCCUCCUGGGGGCAAUCAGCCAAAGAAGACAAAUGAGGAUAUCAUGUCGUUAUUCUAAGGGUAUGCUAGCAGCUGUAUGAUGGCAUGGUUAGGGUGUGAAGGAGGCUGAGGUGGGAAACGCUUGGCAAAAGCACACGAUAAUUCGCAAUUCAUACACAUACUUUC